GGGAGGAGCGGACUUCAGGCACACUGUGCAGGCGGUGGUAGUGUGGGGAAAUGCGGGGAGAGUUGGACAGGGUGCUCAGGACGCCACCAGCGGUGCGUCUGUGUGAGGACUUCACCGUGGCAUUUUCCUGACAAUCACAAUUAUUUUUCUCUUUUUUGCCCAAAAAUGUAAUAUUUAUUUUUUUACUACUUCAAUACUGAGGCCUAUUGACCUAUUUUUGGACCUUACAGUUAAAAAAAAAGAAGAUGAAAACUUGUUAUCAUUCGAAACGCAUGCGAAGCUUUGCCUGGUGCCGUUCUUUGCUGGAGACAAUCUGAGGGAAAAACAAUUACAUUCUCGUCGCAAGAAGGCCUGCACGAGUGCGUCAGUGUGACUGCAAGCUAUAUUUCUGGAGUAAACACUCAGGACUCGUACUAUGAUGUCAAGCACCGCGCUGUUUUCAACGGGUAACAAACUUUGACCACCUCUUCAUGGAGUUUCAAAAUGACCCAUUCUAACUUCACGGAAGACGGAAGCGACGAUGGGAUCUACUCGGGCGAGGCGCUCAACGCCUCCCUGGACAACCAGACGCAUGCGGGCGGCAACCGCACGACCUGCAUACCCUCGGAGGUGGACUCCCAGGUCAUCGUGGUCGGCGUGUUCCUCGCACUGUUCAUCCUGGUGGCCAUCGUGGGCAACAUCUUGGUCAUCCUCUCGGUGCUGUGCAACAGGCACCUGCAGACGGUCACCAACUACUUCAUCGUCAACCUGGCCGUGGCCGACUUGCUGCUCAGCAUCAUCGUGCUGCCCUUCUCUGCUUCCCUGGAGGUACUGGGUUGCUGGCUGUUCGGCCGGGUGUUCUGCAACAUCUGGGCCGCGGUGGACGUGCUGUGCUGCACCGCGUCCAUCCUCAGCCUGUGCGUGAUCUCAAUCGACCGCUACAUCGGCGUGAAGCACUGCCUCAAGUACCCCGCGAUCGUGACAGAGCGGCGGGCGGCGGUGAUCCUGGUGGUGGUGUGGCUCUCCUCCAUGGUCAUCUCCAUAGGACCGCUGCUCGGCUGGAAGGAGCCGCCGCCGGAGGACGAGCGCAUCUGCAGGAUCACGGAGGAGCCCUUCUACGCGAUCUUCUCGUCGCUCUUCUCCUUCUACCUGCCGCUCAUGGUCAUCCUGGUCAUGUACUUUCGGGUUUACGUGGUGGCGCGCCGGACCACCAAGAGUUUGGAAGCCGGCGUGAAGCGGGAGAGGAACAAGUCGAUGGAGGUCGUGCUGCGGAUCCACUGUCGCAGCGUGCUUGGCGACGUGCGUCCGGACAGCUCCAAGAGCAGCAAGCAGCACCCGUUCAGGAGCUCGCUGUCGGUGCGCCUCAUGAAGUUCUCGCGGGAGAAGAAAGCGGCGAAAACCCUGGCGAUUGUGGUCGGCAUGUUCAUCCUGUGCUGGCUACCCUUUUUUUUCCUUCUGCCACUAGGCUCCCUGUUCCCGGCGCUGAAGCCAUCCGACACGCUGUUCAAGGUGGUGUUCUGGCUGGGCUACUUCAACAGCUGCAUCAACCCCAUGAUCUAUCCCUGCUCCAGCCAGGAGUUCCAGCGUGCCUUCACCCGACUGCUGCGCUGCCGCUGCCAGCGCCGCCGCCGCAGGCUUCGCCGCUUCUACGACCAGCGGUGGCGGACCGCCGUGAAGGGGAUCCAGAGGGAGCGCAUUGGGAGGGGGGGUUACGGGCCGGCCGCCGCCCUACACGGCUCCACCGACGGCGGCAUCGGCGGCGUGGGCGGGUCGCUGGUGUACCCGACCUCGCCGUCGACCGGGAGCUCUCUGCGCUUCAAGGGCUGGCGUCUGUUCCCGCCCCUGCGGACCUCGUCCUUCCAGCUCAGGGAGAAGAUGAACAGCCUGUCGAGGAAGAUCACCACAAGGGGUGGGGGCUCGGCAGGCGGGACCGGGGGCAGCGCCGGCUCCUCGCUGCACAGGAACGACGUCGAUACAGUGUCCAUGGGGAUGUAUGGCGAGUGCGAACCGGGCAGCUAUCAGGUGUAUGACUUCCCAGACUGCUACGACCUGAAGGAGACUGACAUUUAAAGACUCGGGUGGAGGAGGAGGUGGGUAGUGCUGAUGGCCCUGAGACGGGGCGCAGGGGGGAGGGUGGGGUAUGGUGGGAAACCUGCAGAGCAACACAUGGGGAUGUAGGUCCUUGAUGGUAGAAAGUAAUUUACACUGUGACUUUGACUUGGGGUUUGGGGAUGAGCUAAUUUGAGCUGCAACAAAUGCUUAUGUUAUUUAUUACGGGGGAGAGGAAUGUUUAACUGCUGAGACAACCGCUGUUGGUCGACGGUUAGCAGUGAGCUCAAUUUGACUGUCCUUGUUAUGUUAAAGUAUUUUGUUAUUUCUUACAAAGCAUUUGUCAAUCCUGCUCUGUCAAAUAAACAACAAGGGGAUGGAAAAAAAGAACGACCAUGUUAUAUAUAUAUAAAAGGUGUGUCAGCUUUGAAUAGCAGUGGAAGGAAUUUAUCAAGCUUGAGGCUUGUUUUCCACGUAAAGGUCUGGCCUGGGAUGAAUGUGCUGCAACAUUAUAAUGGAUUGAAUGGGAUUUUUGCGUGUGUCGGGUGGAGAUAUCAGAGGGAAUUCCUGCUACUGUCCGUUUUAUGGGACACCAAGCUGCAUUCACCUAUGAUAGGAGAACUCCAAUAACCCUGUAAUUUUGUAAAUAUGAGGUGUGAAGAAAAUAGAAAAUUAAAAUGAUAAACAUUUCAUUCUG